AUGAUUCGAACCGUGCAGAUUGAGAGCAGAAAUACUGGAGGUUUCAUAAAGGAUGAUAAACGCGGCAAACACAAAAAUCAUAAAACUGCAAGUGAAGAGCUUAUUAAGGACAUCAUCAACUUUAUCAACUCCAUACCUCGCAUUGAAUCGCACUACCUAAGAGCAUCUACGUCUAGAGAGUACAUCAGCAGUGGCAAAAGCAUUGCAGAGCUCUUUAGAGAUUUCGAAGUUUUGCAAAAGGACAGGUCUCGCCCUGCUGGACUCUAUCACACGUUUUAUGAAAUAUUUAACACAAAAUUUAAUUUAGGCUUUUAUCAGCCCAAAAAAGAUCACUGCGAUCUUUGUCUCCAGUUCCACAAUUCUACUGAACCACAAAAGCAGCAACUGAGAGACAAAUAUAAUACCCAUUUAGAAGAAAAGGAAUUAAGCAGAGAAGAAAAAACGAACGAUAGAAAGAACAUUAAUGAGUGCAAUAUUUGUGUAUGCUACGAUGUACAAGCCAUUAUGCAAAGUCCGAAUGGUGAAACUUCGGCAUUCUAUUAUAAAUCAAAACUUAAUAGUUAUAAUUUCACUAUUACUGAAUUAAGUAAAAUUCACGAGGAGAAUGAGUCAACAAUGGAUAUCUCUAAAAGCUAUGAAAAUGUUCAUUGUUAUUUUUGGGAUGAGACUCAAGCUAAAAGAGGCGGUACGGAGAUAGGUAGCUGUGUUUCCAAUUAUUUACAGAUGGUGUGUGAAGAAGCUGGGGAGAGGGAAGUAAAUAUAACAUUCAUAUCUGAUAACUGCUGUGGCCAAAAUAAAAAUCUCACUUGUUUAUACUUAUAUGCCAAUAUAAAUAAUUUGUCAUCAAUAACUCACAAAUAUCAGAUAAAAGGUGAGGCUGAUAAUGUUCACAGUUUGAUUCAAAAGCAGAUAACAAGAGAUUUGAAAACUGGACCAAUUUACUCGCCAGUUCAGUACAUGUCAGCAAUCAAAAGAGCAAGGAAAACUGGUACUCCAUUUAAAGUUCACAGUUUAACACAUAGUUUUUUAAUGAACUUCAGAAAUUGCAAGAAAAAUGGGGCUAUAAUUUUAAUAUCGAUGAAGAGAAAAAUAAUGUAA